AUGAUUAUCCCAGAUGGUGGUUUGCAAGCUUGGCUCUCGGUGCUCGGCGGGUUCUGCGUUCUAACAGCAACAUUUGGAUACUCCAACUCGUUCGGUGUCUAUCAAGACUAUUAUGUUCUAUCGGGAGCAUCCAGUUCUUCCAACGUCAGUUGGAUUGGGUCUCUUCAACUCUUCCUUAUGUUCUUUGUGGGACUUCCAGCGGGCAAGCUCUUCGACCAAGGGUACUUCCACCACAGCCUUGCUGUCGGGAGCGUCCUCUACGUGUUCUCCAUGUUCAUGCUGUCAUUGGCACACCCACACAAGUACUACCAGCUUAUGCUUGCUCAAGGUGUUGGCAUGGGCUUGGGUAGUGGUCUGAUGUUAGUGCCAUCGAUGUCAGUGCAAGCGCACCACUGGAGAAGGCGUCGAUCUCUUGCCAUGGGUAUUGUGAUGACAGAAGGCUCCGGUGUUGGCGGCCUGAUUUACCCAAUCAUGUUGAACAGGAUGCUGCACGGUCGUGUCGGGUUUGCAUGGGGUGUCCGUGCAACAGCCUUCCUUACCCUUGGGCUCGUGAUUAUUGCCAAUUGCGUCAUGACAACUCGCCUUCCUAGUGCCAAACAACGUCCACCAGGGCCAAAGGCCGACGUCAAGUCGAUUCUUGCAGAUGGCCCAUUCCUUCUUCUCCUCGCGGGAGCAUUUUUGGUGCUAUGGGGAAUGUUUUACGUAUAUUUCUACCUGCAACUUUGGGUCAAUCCACAUGGCCUAUCCGAGACCCUCGGCUUCUACACGAUCGCAAUCUUGAAUGCUGCUUCCAUCUUCGGGCACACUAUUCCCAACAUGAUUGCGGACCGUGUUGGCGCAUUCAAUAUCUUUGCGCCCGUGUGUUUGAUCGCUGGUGCCCUUGUAUUUGCGAUGUUCGGUGUGACCAGUGUUGGCACGGUCAUCGUUUUCUCGAUAUUGUACGGAUUCUUCUCCGGCGCAGCGAUUGCAUUGAUGCCUCCAACUGUUGCAAGCGUCGCCAACAGUGUGCAUGAGAUAGGGUGCGUAUUGGGACUUGCCUAUUUCACUGUAUCUUUCGCAAUGCUCACGGGAACCCCUAUCGUGGGCGCGCUGUAUGACCUGCACGAUGCGUGGUUCAGACCCAUCGUGUUCAGCGGUGUACGUUAUUCCCACUGCCGUUUCUGUCAGAGCGGCCCGGAUGCUCAUAUGAAAAUAGGUUGUUAUGAUCACUGGGUUCGUGUUGGUCCUUUCGUCACGGCAUAUAUAUUCGAGGAGGAAGAGCACACAGUGCCUUUGAUUGACUUAGAGUCUAUGGUCUCGGAGGUAGCGGUUGUACGAUCAAUCCCAAUUUGA